AUGGCACCUUAUCCCCAAGGUCCAGCUUUGACGACUGCCGAAGAAAGGCUCCUGUGGGAUGACAUUAACGUUAGUGGCCUUACAGAAGAGCAGUGGAAGACUUUCGGGCUUUGGGUGGGGGCUAAUGAUCCUACACCUUUGGAAGCAAAGCAAUGGAUCACCAAAGAGAAUAAUCUCGAUCUCAAUGUCUUUUCUCUGCAAAUACUAGGUUUUCCGAAAACCAGGCCUUGGUCUACCUCUCGGUCAUAUGCCACACGGGAAAAACACCGGUUUCCCUUGCUAUUUCUCAACGAUGACUAUGGUGACGGCUGGGAGGCUCCUGCUCUCCUCAUCCGCGAAUGCUGCAUGCUAAAGUUCAUGGAUGAGUUGACUGAUAAACCUCAAUGGUGGCUGAAGAUGAACGACGAAGUAAUCGUGGCAAGAUGGAAAAAGGAAGCUUUGGAUAUGGACUGGAAGUCCUACCUCCGAUACGGCGACUUUACCCCAGCUAUGGCUGAUGCUUGUAUCGAAGAACUAAGAUUCAAGGCAGAUUUGUAUGAGAAAACGGGUCUUAUCCCUGUAUACGACUAUUCUGUAGCUGUGCUCAAGUCGGAUUGCAUCAUGACUGCUGAAAUGGCAAAAUCCCUGCAAGAAGCCGUCAGACUAUUGGAGGAUGUGCCUCUAGAUCAAAUGGACUGGCAUCCCAGAAGUCAAGAGCAGGUCCUCGAUCUCGUUCAUCCUUCUCUCUGGCCUCUGGUUUAUGGUCGAUCUAGGGUUCUCGCAGAUGGUGUCAUUGGUUUGCAAGAUGCAUUUGCAAACGAGGGGAAACUUGUUACAAUCCGUUCGCCUGCAGACGAAGAUUGCUACCGUUACAAGAAAGGGGGAUUCUCUGGUCAAGGCUUCCCUGUGCUGUCCAACAGAUUCCAGUGGCUUCCUUGCGAUGUGUUUCUGGAUGCUGUCACAGGUGGCGUCCAGAUCACGAGUUACAUCAAUAACCUUCACCCUCAGGAACAUGCGCACUUGUAUCCCAUCAUUGAGAGCUUUAUCAAAACGUCAUUGCCGGCCUGGGAUACGCUGUAUCGCUGGGAAAAUGACUUUGCAGUGCAGCGACUCCAGGCAGAAGAAGCUGUACUUGAUUGUCAGGCAGGGGAAGACAUUUAUUGCGGUUGCAAGCCGUGGUAUCGGCCUCUAGGUGAAGAUGAGGCACCUCGGCAUCCUUAUGAACCUGGGGGUGAGGAAUACGAAGAUCAAGGUGAUUGGUCUGAUGAAGAUAACAGCGGAGGAUCAGAUAUUUCUGAUCCAGGCGAUGAAUCGAGCGAUGAUGAGCGGUCGAGCCAGAAUGAGUCUGACCAAGAGGAGAUCUACUUCAAGGGUUCAAAGCGGCGAAAGCUAGACGAAGCGUGGUUCAAGACAACACACCGCGUUAAUGUCCCUGACGCUGACCCAAGAGCAGCGGGUCAUGUUAAGAUUACACCCAACGAUAUCAAGACAGUUGGUUUCUUUAACGGCAAGACACAGAUCCAGGUGAUUGUCAAGCUCGCUAAUAUCCAUCUAACACCGGAGAACCCUUCUUAUAACGGUGGUUUAUGGCAUACAGAAGGCCAACUCAACGAGCACAUUGUAAGCACAGCGCUUUACUACUACGACAGCGACAACAUCACCGACUGUUCUCUCAGCUUCCGAACUACGACUGAAGAUCUGUCCGAAGAGGUCAGCUAUGAACAAUACAAGCAUGACCCAAUCUAUCGCACAUUUGCGAUUGAGAAAGAUGGAGAUCGACAGCAGAAUAUUGGUUCUGUGCAUACCAAGAGUGGAAGGGCCAUUUUCUUUCCUAAUCUUGUACAGCAUUGUGUUUCGCCUUUUGAGUUGAUUGACAAGACGAGGCCAGGUUAUAGAAAGAUUCUUGCCCUGUUUUUGGUUGAUCCAGCUAUACCAAUCAUAAGUACUUCAAACGUCCCACCACAGCAAAAGCAUUGGUGGGACAAUCAUCGUUUGCAGACUGAGACUUUACCUGACAGUGCUGAUGAGAAUGGAAAGGGUGACCUUCUGGAUUGGCAUAUGGGACUUGAAGAAGCCAAGGAGCUAAGGCUACAGCUAAUGGAUGAGAGAACCUGGAUGCAAGAGCAGGAGCAAGAUGGAGUUAGACAAGAAUGGAAUUUCUGUGAGCAUUAA